AUGACUAGUUCUCACUUAACAAAGAGCUGUAAUUGUGAUGUGAUUGCAUUUACAUCAAAGACGGACACACGGCCCGGCCGGCCCCCUCCUGGCCAGCAGGGGGCGCUCCCCGCGCCCCUCAGCCCGCCCACGGGCGCNCCAGUCUGGCCCGGCCGCCGCUGCACCGGGCGGAGCGCUCCUCCCCUGCCCGCCCGGGCUGCCCGCGGGGCGUGCGGAGACGCGGGGACAAGCCCCACCUCUGGGCGGUGCGGGGUGGUCGCGGUGUGCCUCGGCUGCCGCUGCAGCCCCACCCGCCCGUGCUCUGCUCCGCGCUGGCCGAGUUCAAGGCUCUCGGCAGGCGCAGCGCCCAUUCCCGCAGCCCCAGCGCCUGCUGCUGCUCCACAGGGCCCUGAUGGGACAGUCCUAAAAAGUCGUUUGUAUGCAAUGCAGACAGGGAUGAAGAUUGAUAGUAAAACCCCAGAGUGCCGUAAAUUUUUAUCCAAACUUAUGGAUCAGUUGGAAGCUAUGAAAAAGCAAUUUGGUGAUAAUGAAGCAAUUACUCAGGAAAUUGUUGGUUCUGCUCAUGUGGAGAAUUACGCCUUGAAAAUGUUUUUGUAUGCAGAUAAUGAAGACAGAGCUGGGCAAUUUCAUAAAAACAUGAUAAAGUCCUUUUAUACUGCAAGUCUCCUGAUAGAUGUUCUAACGGUAUUUGGGGAGCUCUCUGAAGAGAACGCCCAGCACAGGAAGUACGCCAGGUGGAAGGCAGCAUACAUUCAUAACUGCUUAAAGAAUGGAGAGACUCCUCAGCCUGGCCCCAUUGGAAUGGAAGGAGAGAGUUUUGCAGAUGCUGAAAGGGAAGAAGCGGGGUCAUCUUCUGCCCAUAGUGGAACAACUCCAUCAUCAUCAUCUACAUAUGAAGCUAACAACAUACCGACUAGUAAUUACACUGGUAUACAUAUACCACCAGGUGCCCAUGCACCAGCCAACACUCCAGCUGAAGUACCUCAUAACACAGGAGUGACAAGUAACACCAUUCAGCCUGCUGCUCAGAAUAUUCCUCUAGUUGAUCCUUCCCUUUACAGUGCUCAGUCUGCAGGUAAGCUUAUGGCAUUUGUAUUGUUGUACAUGGACAUACUGUGUCCUCUGUGUCUCCCCUGGACCGAAGGAAGAAGUUCUAGAAAUCCUGUCACUAUUAUCUGAACGCUCUUCCAGAAU